CCACUACUUCCCCACUCAAAUACAGUUUCUGGCGCUUUCCAUUUCCUCAGUUUUUUAGGGUUUCAAUUUUCCCUCCCAAUUACACUCUCUCUCUCUCUCUCUCUCUCUCUCUCUCUCUCUUCAUUUUCCCAAAUCAAUCAACUUUCUCUCUCUUUCUCGGCAACCAAACAGCCGCAUACCCUGUUUCGACAAUGGCUGUGAAGCUAACAGAGGGGGCGAUAAUGAAGAUUUGCACAGGGGAGUACCAUGACGAGACCUGGAAGCCCAUCUUGCAAGUGCUCGACGUGAGGAUGGUCAAUACAGCUCGCAGUGGGGCCCAGCCGGGCCCCGAUAACGAGAGGUACAGGGUUUUGAUCUCGGAUGGUUCCCACCACCAGCAGGGGAUGCUGGGCACCCAGAAGAACACACUGGUUCAGCAAGGCCUGCUUCAGAAGGGCUCCAUCGUUUGCUUGAAGCAAUUCACUUGUACCCAAGUCCAAAACCGCCUGAUCAUCAUUAUAAUUGAAUUGGAUUUGGUGCUUGAUAAAUGUGAUCUCAUUGGAGAGCCUGUAGCAGGACCUAAAUAUCUGAAUGCACAGUCCUCAGGGGCAUUACCAGGAAAUGCCCAAUCUAUUGGUGGCAGUGCACAUUCUGGUGGCGCAGUUCAUCAAACUGUGACUAAAGCUACUCCGGAACAACCUAGAGUAAAUCAAUCAUAUGGUAGUACUUAUUCUGGUGGUUCUGACCCAGGAAGACAUGCGACAAUGAGUACUACUCCCAAUCACCCUAAACCAGAGACUGGUUUUGGUUUUCCUGGAUCAGCACCAUUAAGUGGGUCAUAUAGCAAUCAGAACACAGGUUUUCGCAGCCCUAGACCUGAGGUUCCACAGCCAACUCUAAAUGCUUAUGCUCGGCCGCCUCAGCCAACUUAUCAACAGCCAUCUCCAACAUAUCCUAAUAGAGGACCAGUUGCCAAAAAUGAAGCCCCUCCUAGAAUAAUGCCAAUUGCUGCUCUGAAUCCAUACCAAGGGCGGUGGACAAUCAAGGCUAGAGUGACAGCUAAAGGAGAACUUAGGCACUACAGCAAUCCUCGUGGUGAUGGGAAAGUUUUUUCUUUUGAUGUUCUUGAUUCUCAUGGUGGAGAAAUUCGAGCAACCUGUUUUAACGCUGUGGCUGAUCAAUUCUACAACCAGAUUGAAGUUGGCAAGAUUUAUUUGAUCUCCAAGGGUAGUUUAAAAGCAGCCCAAAAGGCUUUCAACAACCUUAACAAUGAUCAUGAAAUUACUUUGGAUCACACAUCGAUAAUACAGCCAUGUUUUGAGGAUGACGACUCAAUUCCAAAGCAGAAUUUCCGUUUCUGUCGUAUAAGUGAUGUUGAAGGCUUGAACAACAACUCUAUUGUCGAUGUAAUAGGUGUGGUAUCCUCCAUCAAUCCCCCUGCUUCUAUAAUGAGGAAAAAUGGUGUUGAGACUCAGAAGAGAUCCCUCCAGUUGAAGGAUAUGUCUGGUCGUAGUAUUGAGGUAACUCUAUGGGGAAAUUUGUGCAAUGCAGAGGGACAAAGACUGCAAAGUAUGUGUGAUUCUGGUGCAUUCCCAGUGCUGGCUGUAAAAGGUGCUAAAGUUAAUGAUUUCAAUGGGAAGGCGGUAGGGACCAUUCCUAGUAGUCAGCUUUUUAUAGAGCCGAAUAUCGAACAGGCUCGCGAGAUGAGGAGUUGGUUUGACAGGGAAGGAAGAAAUACCCCAUGUAUCCCUAUUUCCAGGGAAACAGCAGGUGUGGGUAGAACAGAUAUCCGAAAGACUAUAUCUCAAAUUAAAGAUGAGCGGCUGGGGAUUUCCGAGAAGCCAGACUGGAUCACAGUUGGUGGAACUGUUUCAUUUAUAAAGGUUGAUAGUUUCUGCUAUUCGGCAUGCCCACUCAUGAAUGGUGAUCGACAAUGCAGCAAAAAAGUUACAAAUAAUGGAGAUGGCAAAUGGAGGUGCGAUAGAUGUGAUCAGUCCAUGGAAGAAUGUGACUACAGAUAUUUACUCCAGUUACAGAUACAGGAUCAUACUGGCACAACAUGGGUAACGGCAUUUCAGGAGGGUGGUGAAGAAAUCAUGGGUAUACCUGCAAAAGAUUUGUAUUUUUUGAAAUAUGAAGAGCAAGAUGAUGAGAAGUUUGUAGAAAUCACUCGGAAGGUUCUCUUUACUAAAUUCAAUUUCAAGUUGAAAAUAAAGGAGGAGAUUUAUGGUGAUGAACAACGUGUAAAAUCAACAGUUUUGAAAGCAGAGAAGGUAAACUUUUCAUCGGAGGCUAGAUUUCAUUUGGAAUUGAUGAAUAAACUUAAGAUGGAGACUAUUAGUUCUUCUGCCUCCGAGGGGGAUAAUGUAAUGCCCAGCGCUGGGAUGAAUGCUACUGGAGUUGGGAACACUGUAAGUAGACAACCUACACUAGAUGUGAAUGUUGGUUACAACAACAAUGCUGGUAGAGAAUUUGGAGGACCAGAAAGUCAAGGGGGUACCUAUCGAAACCAGUUUAGUAGUGCUAGGUUUCCUUCAACUGGCUCUGUUGGUUCAUAUCUGAGCUGUAACAGUUGUGGGGAUGCUGGCCAUAGCUCAGUGAACUGCCCAAGUGUAAUGAAUGGCCCAGGGCAGUCAUCAGGAGCGGGCUAUAACAACAGAGUAUCUUCUAGGCCAGGUGUUGGCAAUACUUCUGGUGACUGCUACAAAUGCCACCAACCUGGACACUGGGCAAGAGACUGUCCUGGCUUGAACACCACUCCAGCUUAUGGAGGCAGCGGAGGCAACCCUGUGAGAUACGGAGGUGUUGCAAACCAGAGGGUCGGUGGCUUUUGAGGUUGCUGGGACAAAACCUUGUACAAUAUGAUGAAAAUGUUUGGUCAGCAUCAUUUCCUGGGUGUUGGAUCUAGUUUUGGGGUUUGAGUUAGUGAACUUUCCUCAUGUAGCAGAAGGUUCCUGUAAUAUGUUUUCUUUGUGAUUUCAAGGAUUUUGGAUUUUAGUUUAGUUUCUUCAAAGUAUCGUUUGUACUGAUUGGAGAAGCUUAACGAAAUCCUAUGCUAUAUACCGUCAAAGAAUAUGUACCCAUUUCAAUAAUUUUGGUCAUGGGUCUGAACCGGUAUGUUUCUCUGUAUGGUACUGUAAGUUCCUUAUCUUACUGCAGCUGCUUCAGAGCAACUUGUUUCCUGUCUACAAAUGUUUAUGUAGAAUCAUAUCAGUCGAGACCGAAGUAGCAAAUUCAAUUUUUUUUUUUUAUAUUUUCCUUCAAA